CAAUCACAAGGGAUAACAUUUGAAAUAUACAAUGAAUGAUUAUAAAAUUCCGAUAAUCGAACCAACUAUCGAUUAUACCAAGGUUCCUCCAAUUAAUCAAAAGAGGACGAUUUCUUUCAUUAAUCACUUUAUUGUGCAUACUGUAACAUUCCUUAAUAAAUUUGCAUUAUCAUGUGAAGAAAGAUUAUUUGAAUUUGAAAAUAAAUUACAGAGGAUAGAAGCUUCACUAGAAAUUUUAGAAUCUUGGUUAUCAUCUGUGCCUGGUUUAGAACAAGAUCAAAAUACAAAAGGUGCUAUAGAAAGUAAUGACAAUAAACAAGAAGAAAAAAAUGCAUCUAAAAUAGAUGAACCUGAUAAUAUUAAACAGGGUGAGCCUAAAAAUACAGAGACUGAAGAACAGCCAAUGAAUGCAGACCCACGUUAUGAGAAAUAUUUUAAAAUGGUACACGUCGGUGUACCAAAAGAAGCAGUUAAAUUAAAAAUGAAACAAGAGGGUUUGGACUCAUCUAUUUUGGACAGUGAUUCCCAGCAAAUAGUUUCUAAACCAAAGUCUACAGAUAAUGGUGGGGAUAAAGGAGACUAACAUUUAGUAAUAUUCAUAUGUUAAG